CUUUCGUCAAAAACAAGUUCAGGCCACCUUUUACCCAACUUGAAUACAACCCUGAACCCACCCCAAAACCCCAGACCCUUUCCCUCUCUCUCCUUCUGUUUUAGAGAGAGAAAGCUCUGAAUUUGAUGUUUCUGUUGACAUUUGCAUCAUCUCUCCCCCAAAAAUUCAUAAUGAAGAAGAUGAAAGUUGAUAUGAGCAACAGUCAAAUUACAUCCAACCAAUGGCGGAAUCAAGUGUUUGUUAAGAUUGCUAUUUGUUUGAUUCUUAUUGGAUUUGCUUUUCGCUUCUAUUUCUCAAGUUCGAUUCAGAUUUCCGGCUUCAUUGAUGGAGACGACGACGGAAAAUUGCCAUCGCCACAGCUGCUGGUGGUGGCUAAUUUUACACUCUCCGACCAAUCCCCGGUGAAUAACAACAGGACUCACGAAGGUUCAACGGAAUGUGACGUAUUCACCGGAGAAUGGAUCAGGGAUGCAACCGGUCCACGCUACACCAACCACACCUGCAACACCAUCGAACCGCAUCAAAACUGUAUGAAAAACGGCCGUCCAGAUUCCGAUUACCUCUACUGGCGGUGGAGUCCCACCGAUUGCAACCUCCCACCAUUCGACCCCGAAAUCUUUCUAAAUUUCAUGAAAAACAAAUCAAUGGCGUUCAUCGGAGAUUCAAUCUCCCGCAACCACGUUCAAUCAUUACUCUGUAUUCUUUCUCAGAUUGAAGAAGCUGAUGAAGUCUAUCACGAUGAAGAAUACAGAAGCAAAAAAUGGUUCUUCAAGUCGCAUAACUUCACGCUUUCAGUAAUCUGGUCGCCUUUUUUAACAAAAGCGAAUAUAUAUGAAGACAACGAUGGGCAUUCCAUGGGUCCAAUCGAGCUUCAUCUCGAUGAACUCGACCUAAUUUGGGCUAACCAAUUUAACGACUACAACCACAUCAUGAUUGCAGGUGGAAAAUGGUUCUUGAAAACUGCAAUAUAUUACGAAAAUGCCACUAUCAUCGGGUGUCAUAACUGUAAAAACGAAAACAUAUCGGAAAUCGAGUUCGAAUACGCGUAUCGAAAAUCACUCCGUACGGUUUUCGAUUUUUUUACAAAAUCGAAUCGAAAAGUCAAUGUUUUAUUCCGGUCAACUACCCCUGAUCACUUUGAGAACGGUGAAUGGAAUACGGGCGGGUAUUGUAAUCGAACGGGCCCGUUUAAAGAUGGUGAGAUAGAUAUGAGAGAUAUUGAUACUAUAAUGAGAGAUGUUGAGUUGGAAGAAUUUGAGAAUGCUAAACAUGUAAUAAACGGGUCGGGUUUGAGACUGUUUGAUACGACCCGUUUAUCGCUGUUGAGGCCCGAUGGUCACCCGGGCCCGUAUCGCGUGUUUCAUCCUUUUGAUGGGAAAGAAACGGAUUUGAAAGUUCAAAAUGAUUGUUUGCAUUGGUGCUUGCCCGGCCCGAUAGAUUGGUGGAAUGACAUAAUGAUGAAUUUAUUGCUUAAUGGUUGAUCGACGAGUAUGAAAACAAUAUAAUGGUUAAAGUCUUAAGGACACAGAUGUAUAGAUAUGAAUUGUUUGUAUUCUUCAUGUUUUGUUGUAGGAUUAAGGCUGGCACCUAGUAAUUAAUUGUUUUAUUUCCCAAGUAAAUCUCCUACUGUGGGAGUGAGAUAAAUGUUCCCCUUGAA